AUGAGGAGGGAUCCGCCACAAUCUGCCGGCUCCAGGGGGCUGGCGGCGCUAUCCGCCAGCCUCGCGCGGGGCAUCGCCGGCAACCCCGUGGACAGCAAUCUGGUCUUCUCGCCGCUCUCCAUCUACACCGCGCUCGCGCUCGUGGCCGCCGGCGCCCGCGGCGCCACCUUGGACGAGAUCCUCCGCGUCCUCGGCGCGCGGUCCCGCGGCGAGCUCGACGAGUUCGUCGCGCGUGCGGUGGGUGGCGCGCUGCGGGACCGGACAGACUCCGGCGGCCCGCGCGUGGCGUUCGCGUGCGGCGUCUGGAGCGACCUGGCGUGCCCGCUCAAGCCCGGGUUCCUCAAGGCCGUCGUCGACGGCGGGUACAGAGCCGAGGCCUCCACCGUCGACUUCCGCGGCGACCCCGACGGCUCGCGCCAGCUGAUCAACGCGUGGGCGGCGCGCGCCACGAACAACCUGAUCGACUCCGUCCUCGGCCCUAGGUCUGUGACCGAGUCCACCCGCGUCGUGCUCGGCAACGCCGUGUACUUCAAGGGCAAGUGGGACCAGCCCUUCGACGAGAGGAACACCGCCGACGCGCCGUUCCGCCGGCUCGGCGGCGCCCUCCCCGUCGACGUGCCCUUCAUGCAGAGCUGGGAUGAGCAGUUCGUGGUCGUGCACGACGGGUUCAAGGUGCUCAAGCUUCGGUACAAGAUGGUGGACGCGCUCCUGACCUCCACACACUUCUCCUUGUGCAUCUUCCUCCCGGACGCCGACGACGGCCUGCGCAGCCUGGUCGACGCGAUCGCUUCACGGCCGGGCUUCCUGCGCGACCACCUGCCUCGCCGGAAGGUCGAGGUCGGCGAGUUCCGGGUGCCCAGGUUCAAGCUGUCCUUCCACGACAGCGUGGUCGACGUCCUCAAGGAGUUGGGCCUCAGCCUGCCGUUCAGCCCGCUGGGCGACCUGUCCGACAUGACGGGACCCGACGACUCCGGCUUCGGAAUGAUCGUGGACGAAGUCGUCCACAAGGCGGUCAUCGAGGUGAACGAGGAGGGCACGGAGGCCGCGGCUGUCACCAUGGUUACUGACCGGUUUGGCUGCGCGGCCAGGUGCAAUCCGCCGCCACAGGUGGAUUUCGUUGCUGAUCACCCGUUUGCCUACUUCAUUGUGGAAGAGGAGAGCGGCGCCAUCGUCUUCGCCGGCCAUGUCGUUGACCCCUCGAGAGAAAGUUAG